GUCUGCCCUGAACCAGGUGGCGAUGCAAAACAUGACCGAGCCUGUGCGCACACUUGUCGCCUGCAGCAAAGCGUUUCCAUUGACCACACCUAGAGGGGGAACAGGUUGAAGCCUUUUGUAGGCACAGGUGAAUCCAGGCCCGAACUUUCCGUCCUGGGAUCGUCUGACAAACAUACCCCCAAGUGGAGCACCUCCCACCCACCCCGCGCGCGCCAGAGACCUCCAGGGAGGCCUCUGAAGCCAGCUAGGCGAGGGCGAGGGGCACCUCAGACUCAGCUCUGUUCCUGCUCCCCAGGCCAGAGGAUGAGGGUCCUCUAUGGGGGUUGCUGCCGCUUCCAAGUGCUCUGGGCUGCUCUGGCCAUCUCCAUUACUAUUGGCUUCACCAUCCAGUUCUUGGGAGUCUCCGUUCAGAAGAGGGUUACCUUGUCCCCACUGCCCCGAACCACCAGGGCCCCUCCAGCCAAAGCUGAGAAGAAUGAGGGGGAGCAAGGACCCCCCAGCCAGCCCCUCCCAUGCCAGCCCCGGCAGCACUUGGUCUUCCUGAAGAGCCACAAGACCGGCAGCAGCACCAUCACCAACAUCCUGCACCGCUUUGGGGAUGCUCAGAGCCUGCGCUUCGCUCUCCCAGCCCGAUACCAGUUCAGCUACCCUAACUUGUUCCAGGCACGGCGGGUCAAGGGGUGGCACCCCAGGGGGCACCCAUUCGACAUCCUUUGCCAUCACAUGCGCUUCAAUUUGCCUGAGGUCCAAAAAGUGAUGCAUCCUGACAGUUUCUACUUCUCCAUCGUGCGGGACCCCGUUUUCCUGGCGGAGUCGGCCUUCUCCUACUUCCGAGGUGUGGUCCCUGCCUUCCGCCGUGCUGGCUCUCUGCCAGAGUUCUUGGCUUCCCCGCAGCGCUUCUACCGGCCUGGUGAGCGAGGCAACCACUAUGCCCGCAACCUGCUCUGGUUUGAUUUUGGCCUUGAUCCACCAGUGGCCCCAGGCCUGGCACCAAUCAAGGCUGCCUUGGCAGGGCUGGAGCGCAUUUUCCAUCUUGUGCUGUUAACGGAACAUAUGGAUGAGUCGCUGAUCCUCCUGCGUCAUGCCCUCUGCUGGAGCCUGGAGGAUGUGGCAGCCUUCCAGCACAACUUGCGCAGCCCAAAGGCAGUUCGCACCUUGGCACCUGCUGAUGUCACCCGGCUCCGAGCCUGGAACAACCUGGACUGGCAUCUCUAUGUUCACUUCAAUCGCACCUUCUGGGUGCAGGUGGAACACUUUGGCCGUGCCCGCUUGGCUGAGGAAGUAGCCCUGCUCCGCAAGCAGCGGGCAGAGCUCAUGCAUCACUGCCUGCUGGGCGGCGGUCCGCUGGAGCCAGGCCAGAUCACCGAUGAACGCAUUCGCCCCUUCCAGUUUGGGCAAGUGCCGAUCUUGGGCUAUGCCCUGCAGCCCAGCCUGGGCCCUGCAGCUCAGGAGCUGUGCCAGCGCAUGGUCACCCCUGAACUACAGUACAAGGACCUCCUUGAUGCCAAGCACUUCCCCCCACCCCUGCAGGCCCAUGGCUCUCAGGCUGGGGGAGUGGGGUAGCCCAAGAAGGGCCCUUGGCAUGGGCAGGUGGGCAGAGCAGGACAAGGCUGGCAGAAACUGGUGUCACAACUCACUCCUUGAACUUGGUACUCCAUGUUCUCCCCCGCCGCCGCCUGGGGGCUCACGGCACACCAAACAUGCACACAGGCAGUGGCAGCAGUAGCUAUUCACAUGAAGGAGAUAGAGAGAGUUUGGGCUUCCUCUGGGGCCUUUCCUUAUGACUCCACUUCUUCAGUGCUCCUCCCAUGCCUCCCAUCCCAAAUGAGGAGAGUCCUAUGCAGUGGAUUCCAGGUCAGUGCCCUCCAUUGGGUUUUUCUACCUCCUCUGAGCUGCCUGGAAGGGCACUGGAGGAGGGCUACACUCUGGUAGCAUUACACAGACCAUACAGAAGCUCAGGAAUGGAGAAAGAAAGUGCCUGCCUCAGGAUGUGUGUGUGUGGGGGAGAGAGAGAUGCAAUAUGUCCCACCUGCUGCUGUGCUAUUGAAGGUUGUGCAUGCAUGCCAUUGUGCCCCAAGCUGCAAUAUGCCUCCCUCUCAGUGACGACAGAAUCAGAGGUGAAGCAUAGAGUGUUCACUGACACACUCACAGCAGGCACUAUGCCCUGUGAUGAGGCUGACCUCAGCAGGCACAGCCAGGCCUAACACCACACAGGGAUGGGGCAGCUACACAGUUGCUACAACCCCAUGCCUGUCAUUUGGGACUAAGUCCCAAGAAUUCAGUGGGCCUUCUUCUGCGUACUCAUGCAUUGAGUCGGCCUGCAUGAUUGUGAGCCUCAAAGUCUGCAGUGCAAACUCACAAGGGGCCCUAAAGCCAGGUGCCAUGCACUCUUGUUCUCUGUCAGCGUCAUUCACGGUCACCUCCAAUCGGUAAUGGUACUUUCCCACCGUGGAGAGCUGUUGUGUGGAGCACUAAGGCAACACAUCUGAAGUGCUGCAAACACUUGGGAAAUGCUGCAUAAAUGCAAUCUUUGUACUGGUUUAAUUCCUCUGCUCCCCACCCCCUGCUGCCCUUCCUGCUGGAUCUGGAGCCUUUGCCAUCGGGGCCUCUCUGGCUGGGGGCCUGGGGCUGGUUCUUUUUUUGGGGGGGAGGGAGUGUGUCUCCUGGAUUCAAGAUUUCACAGGACCUGGCAAGGCAGAACGUUCUAGAAUGAAAGUGCUGGCAACAGUGGCUGAUCACUGCAUAUUUUGACACACCCUUUCUAGGGGACAGUCUGUACAAGAAUGUUUUUAAAUGUGAAACAAAGAAGGAUCAGAUCAGUAUAUGGCAGCAUUCUCUCCCCUGUUGCCCCCAAGCCCCCUCCACAUCACCAAGCAGACACUCAUCUCCAGAGCUGCUAGUGGAGCCUGAGGGGGGAAGUGGCCACUGUCCCUCCCUCCCUCCCUCCCUCCCUCUUCCUGUUACAAUCAGAGUUUUUGUUAAGAACACCCUGUGGAGCAAUUGAUGCUGAAUUCCUUCCAGCACUUUUUACAUGGCUGGACCCCAAAAUUCCACAAUGAUGCAGCUUAGUUUUGUGUUUUUAAAAAGAAUUUUACUGUGAACAAUUUAUUAGAGGAGAUAGUUUUUAAUAAAUAA